AUGUCCCAGGCACACGGAUUACUGCUGGACCGAGAAACCUUGUCCUGUUCGAUCUGUCUGGAUCUACUGAAGGAUCCGGUGACUAUUCCCUGUGGACACAGCUACUGUAUGAAGUGUAUUAAAAACUUCUGGGAUGAAGAGGAUCACAAAGGAAUCCACAGCUGCCCUCAGUGCAGGGAGACCUUCACACCGAGGCCCGUUCUGAAGACAAACACCAUGUUAGCAGCUUUAGUGGAGCAGCUGAAGAAGACUGGACUCCAAGCUGCUCCUGCUGAUCUCUGCUAUGCUGGACCUGAAGAUGUGGCCUGUGAUUUCUGCUCUGGAAGAAAACUGAAAGCCAUCAAGUCCUGUUUAGUCUGUCUGGCCUCUUUCUGUCAGAAACACCUUCAGCCUCAUUAUGAUGUGGCUCCACUAAAGAAACACAAGCUGGUGGAGCCCUCCAAGAACCUCCAGGAGAACAUCUGCUCUCGUCAUGAUGAGGUAAUGAAGAUGUUCUGUCGUACUGAUCAGAAGUGUAUCUGUUAUCUCUGCUCUGUGGAUGAACAUAAAGGCCACGACACAGUGUCAGCUGCAGCAGAAAGGACUGAGAGGCAGAGAGAGCUGGAGGUGAGACGAGAAAACAUCCAGCAGAGAAUCCAGGACAGAGAGAAAGAUGUGAAGCUGCUUCAACAGGAGCUGGAGGCCAUCAAGCACUCUGCUGAUAAAACAGUGGAGGACAGUGAGAAGAUCUUCACUCAGCUGAUCCGUCUCAUCCAGAAAAGAAGCUCUGAUGUGAAGCAGCAGAUCAGAUCCCAGCAGGAAACUGAAGGGAGUCGAGUCAAAGAGCUUCAGGAGAAGCUGGAGCAGGAGAUCACUGAGCUGAAGAGGAAAGACGCUGAGCUGAAGCAGCUCUCAGACACAGAGGAUCACAACCAGUUUCUCCACAACUACCCCUCACUGUCAGCACUCAGUGAGUCUACACACUCAUCCAGCAUCAAGAUCCGUCCUCUGAGCUACUUUGAGGAUGUGACAGCAGCUGUGUCAGAGCUCAGAGAUCAACUACAGGACAUCCUGAGAGACGCAUGGACAAACAUCUCACUGAGACUCACUGAGGUGGAUGUUUCACUGUCAGAACCAGAACCAAAGAGCAGAGCUGGAUUCUUGAGAUAUUCAUGUGAAAUCACACUGGAUCCAAACACAGCACACAAUGAUCUGUUACUAUCAGAGGGGAACAGGAAGGUGACAUUUAUGGAUCAACCUCAGUCUUAUUCUAGUCAUCCAGACAGAUUCACUGGUUGGCCUCAGGUUCUGAGUAGAGAGAGUCUGACUGGACGUUGUUACUGGGAGGUGGAGAGGAGAAAGAAAGUUUAUGUAUCAGUCGCAUACAAGAAUAUCAGCAGAGCAGGAGGAGGGAAUGAAUGUGGAUUUGGACAUAAUGACAAAUCUUGGGCAUUAUAUUGUUACCAAGGAGGUUAUAAAUUUGGUCACAACAACAUCUGGACCUCCAUCUCAGGUCCUGGUUCCUCCAGAGUAGGAGUGUACCUGGAUCACAGAGCAGGUAUUCUGUCCUUCUACAGCGUCUCUGAAACCAUGACUCUCCUCCACAGAGUCCAGACCACCUUCACUCAGCCGCUACAUGCUGGGGUUUGGUUAAAUGCAAUUUUAACUCAAAUUUUAGGCACCGAGAACUCUGCAGAGUUUUGUAAACUCAAGUAAACUGAAAAAUUUCUGAUCUGUGUGAUUCCUUCUAAAGUUUUUAAUUAAAUCAUUUUAGUGUCUUUUCUGUUUUGUGUUCAGGUUUUUCACAUCAUUCUCUUAUAGUUAAAAUCUAAACUUCUCUCAGUUUUUUUUCUAGGUUUAUUUAAGUUUAUUUAGGUUAUUUAAGUAUUUUCUAGCCAAUUAAGUUAGUAUAGGAAAACUCAAUUUAUUUCAAAAUGUGAUUUCUUCAACAAUAAAAAUGUUACUGAGGUUUUAAAGUUUGAAGAAGCUUCUUUGAUCUUUUAAUUGAUCUUUCUCCCAAAAUGUAAAUUAAGUCUUUAGACGUUCAUCAAUUUAAGCAAAUUAAACAUUCCUUUCAGUUUUCUUCAUGAAUGGUAAUUAAAAAUUGAGCGUGAAAACUUAAAUUUUCAUUUCAAAAGUUUAUUUCAAACCUGCACACAUUUUACAAUACAUAUACUGAUAAACAAUACAUAUGCAUGGCUUGAAAGGGGAAUGGAAGAAGCAAAAGCUUAUACAUGUCCAAUCCCCUCCCGCUCAUCCCAGGGACACUCCCAAGACCUGCAAACGACACAUCCACACUCAUGCAUACAAGACAACACACUGGCCCAACUAUCUCCUUCCCUACACCACACCACCCUCAUAGAACAUCACUCACUCUCUUCCAGGUAUUUUCUCAGGACAUCCCGCUUAAAUAUUUUUUAAAAAAGAUUUAUGUUUUCACAACACUUUUGUUCCUCCGCUAAACUAUUCCAGAGGGUGACACCACGACUUGAGAUGCACAUUGAUUUCAAUGUAGUUCUUACUUUUGGUUACACUUUUACAUGUUUGUUAAAGUGUAAAAAUGUGCAUGUCUGUGACAUAUUCCCAAAUAAAUCACCAUUUUCAUGGUUACAACUAAAAUCUCA